UUGUCAGAUUUCGCGAGAUGUUUCUAUCGCUUCUAUCGUGUUUCCAUCACCGCACGUAGAAAACUGUAUCGGUCUCAAAAGUAGAAAUUAUUUUAAAAUUUCGUCAGAAAGUCGAAUUAGCAAUAAACAAAUCUCAUUGUCGUCGAUCCUUGCCUAUCCUUGCUAUUGGCCUUUCAAAAUAAGCACUAUGUCCCAGCAGGCAAUCGAAAACCUCACGUUGGAUCUGGAGGAACUGAAACAGUUGGCCGAAGGUGCCAAACGGAACCGUGUUCAGCAGAUGCUAUCCAUCGAUAUUCGUAAGCUGGAGACGGACUUGCUGUACCAGAAGGAAUUACUGGCAGCCAAGGAAAAGGAACAGUCUACCGGUGAAUCAUCCAAACCGCCGGCACCGGUUCCGGGUGAUGUGAAACGCUAUCGUAUCGAACUGAAAGAAUACGCCUGGGACCAGAGUGAUAAGUUCAUCAAAAUUUUCGUCACCGUUAAUGAAGUUCAGCAGGUUCCCGAGGAGAGUGUGAACGUCGAGUUCACUUCCAACUCGUUCAAUCUUCUGGUCAGCAAUUUGAACAACAAGGAUUACGUUUUCACGGUGAAUCAUCUGCUGCACGAAAUCGAUCCGGCCAAAAGCUACCGGAAGGUCAAAUCAGAUAUGGUUGCAAUCUACCUGGCCAAGGUGCAGCCCACCAAGUGGGCUCACAUGACCCUGACGGCGAAGCGACUCCAGGACAUGAAAGACGAACGGAUGUCCAAGAACACCAAGGACACGGCGGAAGAUCCUUCGAGUGGUCUGAUGAAAAUCAUGCAACAGCUGUACGAUAGCGGCGAUCCGGAAACGAAACGGAUGAUUAACAAAGCUUGGCACGAGUCGCAGAAUAAGAAGACCGAGCUGAAGAAUGCUCCCUUCUCGGAGUAGGUGGAUUCCAGUACAAGGUGACGAUUUAUAAAACUGCAUUUAUAGCACUGAUAAUUACAAACUGAAGUAAAAAUAUUGUAUUAAGCUUCAAAACUAGAUAUUUAACAAUAAACAUUGAAUAAAGCAAACAUUAAUAAAUUAA